UGUUCAUAUUAUGGCAGUAAAUAUUUUCUUCCCAACUCGUUCUGCUUUUGUUUCUCUUCCUCCUGGACGCAAAACCCUGAUUCCAUCGACACCUAAACUGUUCUCGAACUCAAGAAGAGCUGCUCUUAUCUCCUCCUCCGCUUUUCUUUUUCAAUUCUCCAUUCUUCCUUCCUCCUAUGCUUCCCUUCCGCCUUCACCUCCUCGCCCUCUCGCAGAGUUCUUCAAUAUUCCCGACUCCGGUGGUGUGAAAGCCCUAGACAUUCGUUUAGGUACAGGUGACUGCCCCGCUGUGGGAGAUAAGGUCGCAAUACACUACUAUGGGAGGCUUGCAGCAAAGCAAGGGUGGCGAUUCGACUCCACCUACGAUCACAAGGAUGAAACGGGUGAUACCAUCCCCUUUGUGUUCGUUGUUGGAUCUGGAAAGGUUAUCUCAGGCAUUGAAUCAGCUGUAAAGACGAUGAAAGUUGGAGGCAUUCGCCGUGUCAUCAUUCCGCCAUCGCAGGGAUAUCAGAACACAUCACAGGAACCCAUUCCUCCAAAUUUCUUUGAUAGGCAGAGGUUGUACACGACGAUCUUCAAUCCAACCCGUCUUGCCAACGGAGAAGGUUCCACACUCGGCACGCUCAUCUUCGAUAUUGAACUCGUCAGCCUGAGAUAUGAGUGAUUUGAGGAGUACUCUUAUGGCUUCGACGGUUCUUGAAGAAUUAACUAGCACACAUUCUUCUUCCAUUCCGGACCAUCGGGACUAGCUAGUAGUGUUUGGAUCAAGGUAAAUAUGGAUGGUACGCUUCUAUCCAACCACUGCACCGGCACGGGCGCUGUUCUUCUGGACGAGACCAAGGAGCUCGUUUGUGCCAUGGGAUAACAACUACAACAUCGAGAUGAUGGAUUUGUGGAACUUUAAGCUUACCUCUCCAUUGUAGAUAUCAUGCAACCUUGGAUGUUGGAAGCCAGCAACAUUAUGGUGGAAGUUGGCAAUGUUAACAUUAUUAACUACAUGAGAGAGUAAA